AUGAUAGAAAUUAAUGGAUUUGCCAUUGUUAAUGGAGUAACAACUUCUAAUGAAGAAUUUCCAUGGCAAGUAUCAGUUCGUGAUAAUGUUGGUCACCUCUGUGGUGGUGCAAUAAUUUUCGAAAAAUUAGUUUUAACAUCAGCUCAUUGUGUUCAUGACAAUUCGCUGGGAAGAGAUAAACAAUUACGAAUACUAAGUGGAACAACUGAUCACGAAAAUGAAAAAUCUGGACAAAUUCAUUUAGUUAAACAAAAAAUUAUUCAUGAAGAUUUUAACUACAACAAAAAUGACAAUGACAUUGCUAUUUUACAGCUUCAUACACCAUUUUCAUUUGGACCAACAAGACAAAGAAUAAAUUUACCAUCAAAUGAAAUAAUAACUAACACAAAAGGAGACAGCGGUGGUGCUUUGACUGUUCAAUUAAAAAACUACAAUAUAAUUAUUGGAAUUGCUGAAAGAUAUUUUCCAGAUGCAAAAUCACCUGGUCCAGAUACUUAUGUUGAUGUUAAACAAUACUUGACAGUUGUUUAUCCAGGUGAAAGUGUAAAUGUACUGACAAAUGACAAUCGUCAAUUCGUCAUGUUGUCAUCUACAAUAAAUAAUAACAAAUAA